AUGGCGCUCAUUGUCGACAAGCACCGGCCUAGGUCUCUAGAUGCCCUCACAUACCAUGAGGAGCUCUCGGAACGAUUGCGCUCUCUGGCGCAAAGCGGCGACUUCCCCCACCUCCUCGUAUACGGCCCAUCGGGUGCAGGCAAGAAGACAAGAAUUGUUGCAACAUUAAAAGAGCUAUUUGGGCCCGGUGUUGAGAAGAUCAAGAUCGAUGCGCGUGUUUUCCAAACAAGCAGCAACCGCAAGCUCGAGUUCAAUAUCGUUGCCUCCAUCUACCACCUCGAAAUUACACCCUCCGAUGUCGGCAGCUACGACCGGGUUGUCGUGCAGGACUUGCUCAAGGAGGUUGCGCAGACACAGCAAGUCGACCAGUCGGCGAGACAGAAGUUCAAGGUGGUUGUGAUCAACGAGGCCGACCACCUUAGCAGAGAUGCUCAGGCAGCGCUGCGUCGGACGAUGGAGAAAUACUCGCCCAACCUGCGGCUCAUCCUCCUUGCCAAUUCUACUGCGAACAUCAUCGCACCUAUCCGAUCGCGUACCCUGCUUGUCCGGGUUGCGGCCCCGACACAGGAUGAGAUCAGUGAUGUGCUGGCUGCGUCGGCGAAGAAGGAGGGGUGGCCGGUGGUGAAGGGCCUGCAUCAGAGGAUUGCCAAAGAGAGCGGACGGAACCUGCGCAAGGCGCUCCUGAUGUUUGAGGCGGUACACGCACAGAACGAGAAAGUCACAGACACCACACCAAUACCGCCCCCAGAUUGGGAGGCGCUCAUCGGUCAGAUCGCCAAGGAGAUCAUGGAGGAGCACACACCAGCCCGAAUCCUGCAGGUCCGAUCGAAGUUGUACGAUUUGUUGACACACUGCAUCCCCGCAACCACGAUCCUGAGGACGCUCACCUUCAAGUUGAUCCCACUCAUUGAUGAUGCGCUCAAGGCGGAUGUCAUCAAGUGGGCCGCCUUCUUCGAGCACAGGAUUCGGACAGGCACAAAGGUGAUUUUCCAUCUUGAAGCGUUUGUGGCCAAGUUUAUGAGGAUAUUUGAGAUGUAUUUGAUGAGCAUAGAUAUGUGA